AUGAAGUGGCGAUCCAUUCUACUAACCUUUGUCUUACUGAGCCGCCGGAGUCACCAUGUCACUGGAGACUUUUCGGCCUCUGAUGAACGCCCAGACGUUGGACACGAUGAGGAUGUACACCCCAAUACCCUCACGGAAAGAAACGGGGAUGUACCUGACAUGAACAUCGAAACAAGCUGGGAUGUACCAGACACGAACUUUGACACAAACUGGGACGUAAACAAGGACAACUAUGAGGACGCGGACUGGCAUCCUCCUCCAUCCCACCUGUCCCCGAACGCCCCACCAUGGAUACGCAGCAGCAACACUGGUGUUGACGACAGAACCGAACAAAGCCUCAACCGAACUAUUGGCAGUUCAUCUGCACAGUGCGGCGAGUACAGCAGCCAGCUGACCUCUAGUGGCCAGUGCCGGCUGACGGCGACGCUGCCUCCGGUGCCGGUGGGAACGUCGCAGCGACGCUGCCCGGAUUUGUUCCGCUGCACAGACGACAUCUCAUAUUGGCUCCAUGAGAACCAGAACAGGAAGCAGCAGCUUGAGGAGCUGAGGGAGACGAUGUCGGAGCUGCAGGAGGAGCUGAGGAACCACUGCCAUCGGGUCAAGACCCUGGAGGUGCAGGCUGAAGAAAGUGUUAGUUUAGAUUCACCUUCUGACGAGCGGCUGCAUUCUUUGGAGUUACGCCACACCGAGGCCGCCAUGCUGCUCCACGUGCACGCGGUGCUGCUGUACGAGCUGCAGACUCAGCUCCGCAACCUGUCGGCCGCCACGCAGCUCAUGAGACUCAACACGGGCUGCACGAUCAACGUCGUCAGAACGACGCCGCUGCUCGGCAUUCGAGACACACUGACGCCAGGUGGACCUCGCUUGUCUUUCUGUCCGUCAGACUGUGCGUCUCUGUAUCACAACGGUGUUCGUCAUUCCGGUGUUUACACCAUCAUCAUGUCGCCAGGCAACGCCCUGCCCGUCUACUGCGACAUGGAGACAGAGGGCGGUGGCUGGACGGUGUUUCAGCGGCGGGGUGACGGCCUGGUGAGUUUUAACCGCGGCUGGUCGGAGUACCGCGACGGCUUCGGCGAGCCGCGAGGAGAACACUGGCUGGGCAACCAACAGCUCCACCUGCUGUCCGACCAGAGCCACUACAGCCUCCGCAUCGACCUGCACGACUGGAGCCACGCCCACAGACACGCCCUGUACCACAGCUUCAGGAUAGAGAACGAGGAGAACCAUUACCGCCUCCAUGUGUCCGGUUUCAGUGGAACGGUGAAGGAUUCCUUCGGUUGGUACCACGACCAGCACGGCUUCAGCACGCCAGACACCGGAAACAUCUGUGCCGAGAUCAGCCACGCCGGCUGGUGGUUCCACCAGUGUUUCCACGCCAACCUCAACGGCGUCUACUACCAGGGAGGGCGCUACUCUCUGAAAGCUCAGAACCUGCUCGGGCCGGACGGCAUCGUCUGGUUCUCCUGGAAGGAGUCCGACUUCUACUCUAUGAAGGCGGUCACCAUGAUGAUGCGACCACGCAACUUCAGGCCGAGUUUGUCGCCAUAG